AUGAACAAACAUAGUGUGUCAGAAGAAUGGAACGAACAAUGCUCGAAAAAACUUAAGCGUACAAGUCAAAGUUCGGACGAUGAGCGUGCUCGAGGAGAUGCAUAUACAUCAUUUGAAGGUCGUCCUUCGGCAACAGAGCUGGAAGACACGCACGAGGAGCUUCCAUUAUCGUACACAUCAGAUGGUCAUAUCAUUCUCGAAUCAUUCACAUCAGAUCAUCAGCGUGCACAAGAUUUAUUGUUUGCUAUUGCUGAGCCUAUCCAUGAUCUUGAACGCAGUAACAUUUACGAGAUAACGGCAAAUUCUCUUCAUACUGCGAUGUAUUUUGGUUUGAAUACUGAAGGCAUCCUUGCAGAUUUGCACGAACUAAGCAAGACGAGCGUUCCAAUCUGUAUAAUUGAUCGUAUUAAAUCAUGUACAGCUGAAUACGGCAAAGUUCGAUUAGUAUUGAAACAGAAUCGUUACUUUAUUGAAUGUAUCUCCUCACAUGUUUUAACAACACUGCUGCAAGAUCCUCAAAUCCAAGAGUGUCGAUUGGCACCUAUUGACGAAACAGUCGAUACAAGCUUGGAAGGCUCUGAAAAUCGAUUGGAAAAUGUUCAAUCUACGUCAUUUGAAGUCAAUCAAUCAAAAGUAGUUAUGCUACGAAAACGAUGUCAACAAUUGAAAUAUCCACUAGUCGAAGAUUACGCUUUUGCUGAAGAUACCCUAAUACCAAAUCUCAACAUUCAAUUGUCUUCAAAGGCCACUCUUCGACCUUAUCAAGAAGAAAGUCUACGAAAAGUAUUCAACAACGGACGAGCUCGAUCUGGGGUGAUUGUCCUUCCUUGUGGUGAGUGCUUUCGAUCGUGCUCAAUUACAAUUAACCAAGAGGAUUGUAUUCUAGGUGCGGGCAAGUCGUUGGUUGGUGUAGCUGCCGCUUGUACGAUUAACAAACGAUGUCUUGUACUUUGUAACUCCAAUGUUUCUGUCGAACAAUGGAGAGAACAAUUUAAAACGUGGUCAACUGCAAAUGACGGCAUAAUACGAUUGCUGACAUCUAAGAAUAAGAAUAAUUUUAAUAAUUCCGGUAUUUGUAUAAGCACAUAUCAGAUGGUCGCUAGCAACACUGGUCAUACAGCCGACACGAGUCGCGUCUUGAAAUCAUUGAAAAAUCAUGACUGGGGUCUUAUUCUUCUUGACGAAGUGCAUAUGUGCCCUGCCGACAGUUUUCGCAGAAUAUUGAAUACAGUGCGUGCGCAUAUCAAAUUGGGUCUGACUGCUACACCCGUCCGAGAAGAUGAUAGAAUUAUCGAUCUAAAUUUUCUGGUUGGACCAUCUUUAUACGAAGCCAAUUGGAUGGCACUGCAAAAUGCAGGAUUCAUCGCUACAGUCCGUUGUGCUGAAGUGCAAUGUGCAAUGACUUCUGAAUUCUUGCGUGAAUAUCGUUUUACUUCCGAUGACUCAUUGAAACGCAGAUUGAGUGUGUUUAAUCCAAAUAAAUUCCGCGCUUGCCAAGCCCUGAUCGAAUAUCACGAACAACGAAGUGAUAAAAUCAUUGUUUUCUGUGAUGAUGUCUCUGCAGUACGAGUUUAUGCAUUGAAACUUGUCAAACCGUUUAUUCAUGGAAAAGUCUCACACAGUGAACGCAUGGUUCUUUUGCAAAAUUUUCAACGCAAUUCAAAGAUUAACACCAUUUUCAUUUCCCGAGUCGGUGAUGCAGCAUUUGAUUUACCUGAAGCAAAUGUAGUCAUUCAAUUGUCCAGCCAUGGUUCUUCACGACGGCAAGAAGCACAACGGCUGGGUCGUAUUCUUCGAUCAAAGCGAAAUACGGGUGCCAGCGGGAAUAAUGCAUUUUUCUAUUCGCUUAUGUCAGAACAAACGGAUGAAAUGAGUUAUUCGUCAGGUCGACAACGCUUUCUGAAAGAGCGAGGCUAUUCAUAUGAAAAACUUUCCGAUGCAGACUUGGUUUCCGAUCAGACACAGCUGCAAUUCUCGACAUGUGAACAACAAGAACAGUUACUCCGAGAAGUUCUGACCAUGUCUAGUCAAGAAGAAGACGAGAAAGUGGAGAGACCAUCAGCUAAUAAAAAGAAAGCUAAACCGAUACAUCCUCUAUUUCGACUGUUUCGAAACAUCCUGUUGGAUAUGGCAACAAAAUAUGAUCCUAUUCCUACAAGCGCACCUCCUGAGACGCUUUCUCGAUCAAAUAAAUGGUCUCUUGUAUAUUCGGAUCUGGCCAUCGGUAUGGGUAUCCUUGGCCUCACCUUGCUGAUCAUUUCAAUCCAUAUUCAAAAAGAGAAUGGUACCGACGGUAUUCAUCGUGCUGGAACAGCAAUAAUGAGCAUUUUUCAAUCGGAUUAUAUAACUUUGUUCGGUGGCCCAUUGACUGAAUCGCAUCAGAUAUGGUUGAAGGAAGGCAUUGAAGCGUACAAGGAAUAUCAGCAUAGUCAUGUAACUGAUCCUUUAAAACCUGGCGUUGGAUUUCGAUUGGUUCAAGCUUUGUUAAGUUUGAAUCAUAGUGCUGGUAAAAACUUCGUCGAUGUCAUUCUCGUCUCACGCAACGAAAGUGAAGCUGGAAAACGAGUGCGAAAUUCGAUCAAUCAUUACAAUCUCGAUAUCAGUCGUAUGUCAUUCACAAAUGGUACUGAUGUAACUAAGUAUUUACAAGCGUGGGAAUGUGAUCUUUUCCUCACCACUGAAGAAGCACAGGUUCGUACCGUGCUUUCAGCGAAUGCUAUAAUUACAUCGAAGAAAAUAGCAGCUGGUUUAGUGUGUGACAUUGCCGCUGAAGCAACGCAUGCGUCUCUAAAUGAACCGCCAUCGCCUAUUAUUGACAGUAGUCUUUUGACUGCCAUCGCUUCAGUGUGGCCAAAAGAUCAAGUGCGUAUUGCCUUUGAUGGCGAUGGUGUACUCUUCUCCGACGAAGCAGAACGCGUCUUUCAGACAUCUGGUUUGGAUGCGUUCCGAAAGUACGAACAUGAAAAGUUGGAUAUUGCCUUAUCCGAAGGUCCCAUGCAUUCAUUCGCGAUUAAAUUACAAAAACUACGUAAUGCACUAGCUACCGAAGAACAAUGGCGUGUGCGUACUUUUCUUGUAACUGCUCGUAAUGGUGUUGGUAAUGAACGAGUAUUGAGAACCUUAGAACGAUGGGGUCUUCAAAUUGAUGAAACACAUUUCCUAGGUGGACUCAAUAAAACGCCGUUUCUAAUUGCCAUCGAUCCGGCGAUCUUCUUCGACGAUUCAAGUGAACAUAUCGAACGAGCGAAAAAAUAUGUUCCAGCGGCACAUAUUGUCUAUGGUGUUCGAAACGUAAAACCUGAUGAAAUCGUGACAUCAUCUUCCACAACAACCCUUGUGCCAGAGGAAACACCAGCAAACACAGACACUUAG